AUGGCUAAAAAUAGGACUAAGCAUGAAUUGAUUUCUCAUGAACGAAGCAGGAGAGCAACCUUAAAAAAGAGGAAGGCUAGCUUCUUCAGAAAGCUGAAUGAGAUCACAACUUUAUGCGGGGUUAUUGCAUGUGCUGUUAUUUACGAUACUUCUGAUACCAAGGUGGACGUGUGGCCUUCUCCACAGGAAGCAUUUUAUGUACUCGAAAAAAUCAAGAAUUUACCUGAAGAAAGGCAAGGUAAGUUUAAACUGGAUCAAGAAUCCUUUCUUAAGAACAAUAUAUCCAAGCAGAACAGACAAUUGGAAAGAGUGAGAUUUAAGAAUCAAGAACUUGAUGAGAAGCUGCUUUUGAUUGAAUACCCGGAACUGGAAGGUAAGAAUUUUCUUGAUCCUGGUCGUCUUGAAAGUUUGAUUGGACUUGAUGAUCAGUUGGAUAAAAGAAUUGAUUUCCUUACUUAG